AUGAUGAAUACGUCAGGACAUAGUUUCUGGGUGACGUUUUUCUUUGUAUUUUGGGUGACACUGAGGACGGCUUUGUCUGUAACUCGCUACUCUAUACCGGAGGAAAUGGAACGCGGAUCCAUUGUCGCCAAUUUAGCUUCAGAUCUAGGUCUGGAUGUUGGUGGACUAGCACAAAGAGAGGUAAAACUCGAUACUGUUUACAGAAAAAAAUAUCUAGAUGUAAAUAAAAGGACAGGUGAACUUUACAUUUUCGAAAAAAUGGACCGUGAGUCUCUGUGCCACGGUAAGACGUCUUGUUUUGUCAAACUGGAUGUAAUAAUUAAAAGUCCAUUGCGUAUUUUUAACAUUGAAUUAGAAAUAACAGAUAUUAAUGACAAUGCUCCAUAUUUUAGAAUGAAUAAGGUUGAGCUGGACGUCUCAGAGGCUGCGUCACCAGGUGAAAGAUUUUCUCUACCUAAUGCAGAAGACCCAGAUGUAGGGGCCAAUACCGUGACCACUUACAAACUUAGCGAAAGCGAUCAUUUUACAUUAGAUAUACAUACUGGUAGUGAUGGUACAAAAUAUGUUGACUUGGUACUUAAAAAGGCAUUAGACCGAGAAGCACGAUCUAUUCAUAAUCUAGUACUCAUUGCAGUAGACGGUGGGGUGCCCACUCGCUCUGGAACAGCAAGCAUCAUUGUUCGUGUGCUGGAUACAAACGACAACGCCCCUCAUUUCGAACACCCAGUCUACUCUGUAAAUAUUAGUGAGAAUUCCCCGAUCGGUACCCUUGUUACAAAACUAAACGCGUCUGAUUGGGAUGAGGGCUCAAACGCAGAAAUAACUUAUACAUUUACGCUUUACACGUCUGAAAAAACGCAAGAAAUGUUUAAUUUGCAUUCCAAAACUGGUGAAAUAACUAUUAAAGACACUAUUGAUUUUGAGGACAUAAAAAUAUUUGAAAUGCAUAUUGAAGCAAAAGACAACAGCCCUGUCCCACUUUCCAAUCAAUGUAGAGUAACAGUGCACAUUAUGGAUGUAAACGAUAAUUACCCGGAGAUUGCCAUUAAAUCUAUAAAAAACACCUUAAAAGAGGAUAUUCCUGUGGGGACAGUUAUAGCCAUAGUAAGUGUAAGUGACAGAGACAUGGGGGAUAAUGGCAAAGUUCAUCUUACAAUCAACAACAAACUACCAUUUGUUUUAAACAAGUCCUCUGAUUAUCACUACGAAUUGCUAGUCUCAAAACGACUAGACCGUGAAGUAACUCCAGAAUAUGAAAUAACUUUAUUUGUAACAGACAACGGAACUCCUCCACUGUCUGAUAACGAAACCAUAAUAGUGCACUUGUUGGACGUUAAUGACAACUCACCCCAGUUCCCACAGAGUGUAUUCACCAUAUCUGUCAAGGAAAACAAUCCCCCAGGUGCUUUGUUGAGCGCUUUGACAGCUAAUGACCCAGAUCUCCACGAAAAUCAGUAUCUAGUGUAUUUCAUUAUAGAAAAAGAAAUAAUAAACACCUCAAUGUCCAUGCUUUUUUCCAUCAAUCCAGAGAACGGCAACCUUUACGCAUUAAAAACAUUUGAUUAUGAAAUAGAAAGGGAGUUUCAUUUCCACGUAGAAGCCAGAGACUCUGGUGUUCCUCCACUAAGCAGUAACGUCACCGUUCACAUUAUUAUCAUGGACCAGAAUGACAACGCACCAGUUAUAGUGUCACCAUGGCGAGCGCACGGCUCAGUGGUGGAGGAAAAAAUACCAAGAUCCACUGAUAAAGGAACUCUGAUAGCCAAAGUAAUUGCAGUAGACACAGAUUCUGUGCACAACUCUCGUGUUACCUACCAGUUUCUUCAAAACUCUGAUGCCACGUUAUUCAGCUUAGACCAGUACAAUGGAGAGAUCCGGACUAUGAGAAUGUUCAGUUACAGAGACUCACGACACCAACGACUGGUGGUGAUCGCCAAAGACAAUGGAGAAACCCCUCUAUCUGCUACAGUUACCAUCAAGCUGUCCACGAUGGAGACUGCGCUUAAAACAUAUGCUGACAUGACUGAAUUGCAAUCAGAAUAUGACAUUUUUUCAGACUUGAACCUUUAUCUGGUGAUCGGUCUGGGCUCAGUUUCAUUUCUGUUACUAAUUACCAUAUUGGUAACCAUCGUACUAAAGUGCCAGAAACCAAAGACCAGUAAAGCUGCUCCUCCCAGUAGAAACAGUGUAAUCAGUGAAAGGAACUCCACCAUCGCGGACUCCACUCUGGUCUCCAACGAUGCCUACUGGUACAGUUUGUUUUUAGCUGAGACCAGAAAAGGAAAACUGGUAGUUAGACAGCCUGUACCAAAGGGGACGAGGUAUAUUGUGUCCAGCAUUCCAAGGAGCACAGGACAUAAUGAGACAAGUGACUCAGCUGCUUCCACUCUACAGUAUAUUAAGACAAUGGGAAUUCAUAUUAACGCUCAGUGUUUGAGAAGGUACGUCCUGGUCAUUAUCUCAUUCUCUGCUGUGAUUCAUGCAUCGUUGGCUGUGAUCCACUACACUAUACCCGAGGAGCUGGAAGAAGGUUCCGUAGUUGCAAAUUUAGCCACCGAUAUAGGACUGAGCAUAGAGACUUUAACUCAACGAAAGGUUCGAUUAGAAGUUAUAGCGAAUCAAAAAUAUCUUGACAUAAACAAAGAGAAAGGGGAGCUUUACAUACUGAAAAAAAUUGAUCGUGAACAUCUGUGUCUUGCUAAAACUACCUGUUUUCUUAAAAUGGAAUUGAUAGUUGAAAAUCCAGUGCGUAUAUUUUACAUUGAAUUAGAAAUAACUGAUAUAAACGACAAUAACCCCCAUUUUCGACGAGAUGUUAUUCAUCUGGAUAUCUUAGAAUCCACACCUGCUGGUGAAAGAUUUUCUGUGAGCAAUGCGGUGGAUUCCGACGUUGGCUUAAACUCGGUAAAAACAUAUUAUUUAAGUGAAAGUGAACAUUUUGAGAUAGAGAUACAGUCUGGGAGAGACGGUUCGAAAUUUGCCGAUUUGAUUUUAAAAAAGGUAUUAGACCGUGAAUUACAAUCUGUCCACAAUUUAAUACUGACUGCUGUGGAUGGUGGAGUUCCGGCGCGCUCAGGAACAGCUAGCAUCAUUGUAAGAGUGCAAGAUUCAAAUGACAACGCACCUAGGUUUGAUCAAGAGAGCUACAUAAUAAAUGUAACAGAGAACUCUCCCAUAGGAAGUCUCGUCAUUAAAGUAAAUGCAACAGACCUAGAUGAGGGCUCUAACUCUGAUUUGACAUACUCAUUUGGUCUGUAUACGUCAGAAAAAUCUCAGGAGGCUUUUAAAUUAAACCCUAAAAGUGGUGAGAUACGAGUUAAAGAAGUAAUUAAUUACGAAGAUUUCCGAAUUUAUGAUAUGGAGAUUAUAGCAAGGGAUAAUGGUAUUCGUGCAUUAUCAGGUCAGUGUAAAGUAACUGUUAUGGUUACAGACAUAAAUGACAAUUACCCCGAAAUUUCAAUACGAUCUUUUUCAAAUGCGGUUAAAGAAGACACAGCUGUGGGCACAGUUAUAGCAGUAAUUAGUGUAAGUGAUAAAGAUUCUGGAGAAAAUGGUCAAACUGAUCUACACAUUUCCGAUGAAUUGCCCUUUUCGUUAAAAGAGUCAUCUGUCAACUAUUAUGAGCUUGUAGUAUCUGAAACUUUGGAUCGUGAAAAGGUUUCAGAAUACGAUAUAACGUUUACUGUUACUGACAGGGGAAUUCCUCAGUUAUCUGAUAAUGAAACUCUUACUCUAGAACUGCUGGACGUUAACGAUAACGUUCCAAAGUUUCCAGAAACGUUUUAUACAAUAAAAGUUGAAGAAAAUAAUGUACCUGGUGCUUUGGUAGGUUCCAUAACAGCCAUUGACCCAGAUCUCCAUGAAAAUCAAUAUCUAGUGUAUUUUAUAGUUGAAAAAGAAGUAGUGAACACUUCAAUGUCGAUGCUGUUCUCUAUUAACCCAGAGAACGGUGGACUUAACGCAUUAAAAACUUUUGAUUAUGAGAUAGAAAAAGAGUUCCAGUUUCACAUUGAAGCCAGAGACUCUGGUGUUCCUUCACUCAGUAGUAACGUUACCGUUCACAUUAUUAUCACGGACCAGAAUGACAACACACCAGUUAUAGUGUCACCAUGGCGAGCGCACGGCUCAGUGGUGGAAGAAAGGAUACCAAGAUCCACAGAUAAAGGAACUCUAAUUUCCAAAGUUAUUGCUAUUGACACAGACUCAGUACACAACUCCCGUAUUACCUACCAGUUUCUUCAGAAUACUGAUGCUUCUCUAUUCAGUUUGGACCAGUACAACGGAGAGAUCCGGACUAUGAGGAUGUUCAGUUACAGAGACUCACGCCACCAAAGGCUAGUGGUGAUCGCCAAGGACAACGGAGAACCCUCUCUCUCUGCUACAGUUACCAUCAAACUAUCCACAGUGGAGACUGUACCUAAACCAUAUGCUGAUAUGACGAAGGAGUCAUUAGAAUAUGACUUAUUUUCUGAUUUAAACUUGUAUCUGGUGAUCGGACUGGGAUCUGUGUCCUUUUUGUUACUUAUUACCAUCUUUGUGACCAUCGUACUAAAGUGUCAGAAAACAAAGCACACCAAAGCUGCUCCUCCCAGUAGGAACAGUGUGAUCAGUGAGAGGAACUCUACAAUCGCUGAUUCAACUCUUGUUUCCAAUGAUGCCUACUGGUAUAGCUUGUUUCUAGCUGAAACCAGAAAAGGAAAGCUGGUAGUUAGACAGCCUGUGCCAAAAGGGACAAGGUAUGUUGUGUCCAGCAUUCCAAGGAGCACAGGACUAAGCGAGCCUAGUGACUCAGCUGCAUCCACUCUGCAGGUAGGACUUUUCCCUAAACAUAAAUCAUAAUCCAAUAAAUUGGUAAUUACA